AUGCUGCGCAAUAACGCUAUCAGGCCCUGCCAGUCACCCUGGGCCUCCUCCAUCGCAUUAGUUAAAAAGAGUGACGGCAUUAACUCGUCAGACUCUCAGCAAGGAGCGAAGAAGUUCUCGGCAUUGAAUCUGAAAUCCGGCUACUGGCAGGUGGAGGUAGCGGAGAAGGAUAGAGAAAAAACGGCCUUCGUUGUGCCAACUGGCCUUUUGGGCUUUGCAACGUGA